CUGGUAAAGUUGAGGAUCCUAUGCCUCAUGGAACUGGACAUUAUAUAGUUACUCAAUUAGGUGAAAGGUUUUUAGGAAAGAGACAUCAUUUCUUCUUUGACAAUUAUUUUAGCUCAGUUCAGUUAGCAGAGGACCUUUUGCGUCAGCAAACCUAUUGCUGUUCAACAAUAAGACCUAACAGAAAAGGUUGGCCUCUUGAUCUCAAACCCAAGGCAUUAAAAAAAUUUAAAAAGGGUGACGUCAUGGUUAGGCAGAAAGGGAAUCUCGUUGCUACAGCCUGGAAGGAUAAACGUUGUGUCACUCUUUUGAGUACCAACACCACUUCAGGUACCGCUGAAAUUACUCGCCGAGGACCAGGUGGCAACUUUCAAGUGAAAGUCCCAUCUGCUGUUAAUACCUACAACAAAUCAAUGGGAGGUGUUGACAGAUUUGAUCAGCUCUCAUCCUACUAUCCAGUAGGAAGGAAAUCUGUCAAAUGGUGGAGAUACAUUUUUCGAUUUCUCCUCCAGACUGCUGUCAUCAACAGCUGGAUCAUUUAUGCUACCUCUCACAGGCCCAGACCCAAAAGCCUAUCACUAGGACAUCUAGAGUUUCGGCUUGAGAUAAGCACAGCCCUUCUAAAGGGAAACAUUGUUCGUAAAAGGAAGCAAAGUGAUCUCCAACCAUCAACUCAAGGAGUUGGCAUGAGUGAUCUUCUUGAGCAUAGGCUCAUUCGAAUGGUGGGAAACAAACGUGCCUGCCAUUGGUGUAUGAAGAACAAACAAUUUGGAAAAAGAAACAGAGCACAUGAAACUGUUUAUGGAUGUAAUCUCUGUCAAAUAAGACUCUGUAAAGGAGAAUGUUUCUCUAAAUUUCAUAACUCACUGACACUUCCAAGUCAUGUUUAACGUCAAGUGCUCCAUAAACAUUUUUUUUUUGUUGUACUUUUGUCUUAUAUUGGCAUUGUUUUUGGUUUAUAUUAAACUUUAUCCAUUUGUCUUUAAUCUUUUCAAAA